AUGGAGCUUCACUGCGAGGGCCCAUGCAACCAGACUAAGCACCUAGACCAAUUCUCCAAGAGAACUCGAGGCGACGGCGUCAAUUGGUGCAUAGCUUGUCAGAGCUGGGCACUUGCCCAGGAGCCCGGGACGACCCCCUUUGCCGCCCCCAACCAGCUCCAUGACGUCCUGGAGCAGCAGACGGAAAUCGAUAUUGCCUUGCCUCCCGAGGGGCACUUUGGUGCCUCCGCCUACGACGACGAAGACGACGAAGCGGACGAGCCUCUCGCACCCGUUACUGACCCAGCUCUUUUUGCCGGACCCCUCGAUGCCAACUCGUCAUCUUCAUCGUUUGUUGCUGCCUCUGAAGCCGCGACUCGAAGCCAAAACCUGCGGCUGCCGCCGCAUAUUCUGCGCACCCAGUACCCUGGAUCCUCUGAUAGUUCUUCGGAUGCGUCUUUUCCCCUGUGCCUGGACGACGGUCAGCAAACCGUCCCAUCCCAUGGGCUUGGCAAUAUCACCGAGGGCGCCCAUAGCAUGGCAGCUUUCCGUCUCGACGAGGAGCGAAUCAGCCAGCCUCCCCGCCGCAACCAAGAUACACGAGCGGCAGGCAGUGCUCGCCGAGGUGGCCUGUUCCAGAACCAUCCAGGACAUCCGUCCGACAUCUCCGAAAAUUCUUGGUACGGGAAGUCCCUGCGUGUUCAUCUGCAGGGCGCAAACGAGGUGCCUAACACUUUGAACGCUGCGAGGCAGCUCGACGCGCGGAAUCGGGGCUCCGGUCGGGGUUCGAGUCGGGGAAGGGCCAGGGCCGGGCUCCCGGCCGCCUCGAAUUCCCGGGGACGUCCGCAAAACGCCAACAAUGCCUUUAGUGAAAUAUCCGAGAACAGCAUUCCCGAGUCUAUUCGCAUCAAGACCAGUCGUGUGCCCCAAGCAAAUGCUGGCGGUUUUAGUCAAGGACAGCCUCGAUUUCUUCACCGUGGUAGUCAGGACCUCGUCACAGCUCCAGCCUCCAGUUCUCGAACCGGAGGCGUUCGAUUCGAUGCCGAUACCGUCGCCGACGAGGAUGAAUUCUGA